AUGUCAGAUUCAGGCCCCGCCAGCUCCAGCGAUAAACCCCAAGCGUCCAACGUGCGGUGGCAAUUUAUCGACUCUUCGAAUAACAGCCGAAGCAACCUGACCCAGGUUAAGCGGCAUGUUAUGCAGGAGUAUAUGCGCCAGAAAAAGGGCGAUUUACAGCCAGGCGAGGGUGAAGAAGAAGAAGAGGCCGAACCGAUUCGCCCGGCGAAGCGUGGCCGGCCAAAGUCGACUCGUGCAGCCAAGCGCAAGUCGACCAGAAAAGCUGUUCAGGAUACGAUUCACCCCACCCCGCAAGAUCCUCUCUCCACAAAUGCUACAAAGCAACCCCCACCAGUAUCCGAACAUGAUGCUUCUGCAGAUAUUGAAGAUAUUGGCCAGGACCGGAUUGUGGCUGUCACUACAUCUUCCAGCGCAUCUAUGCUGCGAGUCCAGGCUCAAAGCACCACCCACUUGCCUUAUCGAACCUCCUCCAUUCAGCCCUACAAUCCCUUUGAGCCACAACGUCUUAUGAAUAUAUCUCCACAAACCCAUAGUCAUCCGACAGACUGGAGCAGUAUAGCUUCCUGGUCAUCCGCGCCGACGACCCCUCUUGAGUUUACACAAUCGCCAAGAUCCAUUAUGAGCGCCGCAAGAACAGAUCCAUUCAAUACCCUCCCCAUCGAGCUGGAUCUCGAUGGCCAGAGGCUCUUCGAUUUCUAUGUUAAUGAUAUGCCAGCCUGCUCUUAUGGCACACAUUUUCGAUCGCUCAAGGCCCAUAAUUGGUAUACAGCAGUUUUUGUUCCCGAGGCAAUGAAAGGCGCUGUCGCGUUUCAAAAUACUAUCCUUGUUCAUGCUGCAAAUACUUGGGCUUGGGUCCGGAAUGAGGGAGAAACGGCCGAUGGCCUCUUGCAUCGAGAUCGUGCCAUCAGGAUGCUUCGUGAACAUAUACACAAAAACCCCGGCGAUACCUCGGAUGUUGCAAUCAUAUCAUGUUUAAGUGCAGCCGCUCUUGAAGAUUUUGAUCCCCGCCCUGGCCGCAAGGAAUUUAGUUGGAUGCAUAUGCGUGCAGCUCGUGAUAUGAUCCGCGCACGUGGUGGCCCUGCUGCCUUUGCAAACACUCGACUGGGCAUGUUGAUUAAUUGGCAAGACUAUAUACUGUCUGGCUACGAAACGCGCGGCCUCAGCUUCUCGUUUGAACCAACACCCCCUUCCAUCCAAAAUGUCCCAACCGAACCUCUCACCCACCCCUCACAAAUCUCUCCCUCAAUACCCUCCCAACCUCCUCACUCCAUGCCCUCUCCGCCAUACUCCACCUCCUCCUUGUCAGAUAAUACGCCCUGUUCCGAGCCGCCUUCCACCACAAUUAAUAGCCUCAUGCAGUUGUCACCAAUGGAUGAAAUUCGGCUCCAGUGCGAAGAAUUCCUCGACUUUCUCCGUCGCUGUGAGCAGCUUGCUUUAUACCAAAAAGCCAAUCCAGAGUCAUGCGACCUAUCCCGCCAUGCAUCCGUUCAAGAAUCAUCUCUCCUGUUUCAAAUUCUAGCCGCGCCACCAGGGGCCCGUUUUACGGCGUCAGGAGACCGCAAACAGAUGGUCGCCCGUUUCACUGCGCUGAUGAUAUUGAACGCAGCCCUCUGGGAUUACCGUUAUUCACCCAUACACGCGGGCACUUUCCUCAAGACCCUCGAACAUUCCAUGAUCGAUAGUGAAGUCAGCAUGAGCGGCUCAGUCGAGGCUAUCCUGCAAAUUCUCCUUACAUGCAACGACGGUUACGCGAGCGUAGACGACAUCAUAUCGUCUUCUCUGUCAGAGGAAUUACCUGAUUUCUCCCAGUACUCCUCAACAGCAGCUUCUCCAUCUGCGCGGCCAUGGUUCGCGGGUCGGAUGUUGAAAAUUGCGAAACGCUUAGGAGCGGAUUCAUGGCAUCAAAUCAGUGAUCUCCUCUUCUCUUGUUUGACAUUACAGGUUUCUGACUAUAUUGUUCAUUCCUGGGAGCCUAAGCUACGUCGUGAGAUCUUGGAAGCGCCGCUGACCAGUUAUAUCAUGCCCUCACUACUUGAGUGA